CAUGUGCUGGGCACACCCAGACUCCACCUUCCGCCGUUGCCUCCCCCCAGCGCACAGACACAAGGAGGAGGAAAAACCAGAAGGACUGAAAGGAGGGAGCUGGCUUAGACCCAGCCUCCUCCUCCAGCUGCUGGCUGCGGCUUUUGUUUUCUUCCCAGCUCGCUAGUCCCCACACGUGAUUGCUGUGUUAUGGCAGGGCGAGUGCACCUAUAACGCCUGUUAACAGUGCCCGAGGAGCGGGGGGAGAGGCAGAGCGGGAGGCAAGGCAAAGGCAGCGAGCCACCCAUGCACAGCCAGCCAGGGGGAGGGAGGCGGGGAAGCAUGCCAGGCCAGCCACCGCUCCCUCGCCCUGCCUGCUAACCCUUCUCCUCCGCAGCCUGCCCGAGAGCCGCUGCCUCGCCGCGGCGACGGCCUGGGGGAGCGGGAGGCGAAGGGAAGGAGCGAGCCCCGGACAAUGGCGGCGGCGGCUGCCACCAGCAGCCCUGGCAGCGCCAGCAGCACGUUGCAGCAGCCGCCCCUGGAGCCCUGCCUGAGGAAGCCGCCGCCGCGCAUGGACCCCCGGCGCAGGCAGGCAGCGCUCUCCUUCCUCACCAACAUCUCGCUGGACGGCCGGCCGCCGCCGCACGAGGAGAGCGGCGCGGAGCAGAGCGGGGGCGCCGCCAAGGCGGCAGCCGGCAGCGCCAGGACUCGCCACACGGGCGCCUUCCAGCCCCCCGCCGCGGCAGCUGCUUCGCAGCAGCCGGGGGGCCACUGCGGCAGCGGCCGGCUGUCGAGCCCCCCGGCAGCGGCUGGGGAGCCGCCGGAGGAAGAAGAGGAGGAGGACGCCUUCGCCAGUGUGCAGGUGCCGGCAGCCGCCUUCCUGGGCUCGGGGACCCCCUCCGGGGCGGCCGGCGGCAGCAGGGGCCGCCUCAGCUCCUUCACUCAGGGAAUCCUGCCCGUGUCCUUCUCCAGACCCAUCCCGCAGGGCUACUGCUGCCUGGAGCAGGGCGGCCCCGGCGCCUUGGAGCUGCAGCGGUCCCGGCGUCGGUUGAUCUCCCAGCGCUCUUCUCUGGAGACUUUGGAGGACAUUGAGGAAAAUGCUCCACUACGGAGAUGUCGGACUCUGUCAGGUUCACCCAGACCAAAGAAUUUUAAGAAGAUUCAUUUUAUCAAGAGUAUGCGGCAACACGAUACCAGAAGUGGCAGAAUAGUCCUUAUCAGUGGCAGAAGAUCCUUCUGUAGCAUAUUUUCAGUGCUGCCGUAUCGAGACUGUACCCAAAUCGGGGAUAUGAAAUUAGAAGGAGGACGUUGUGUGCCUACUGGAGGAGUAUGUUUAAAAGAGAUAAUUGGUCUUGAAGGUGUGGAACUAGGGGCUGAUGGGAAGACUGUUUCUUACACACAGUUUCUAUUUCCAACCAAUGCCUUGGGAACACGGAGAAACACAAUUGACUCCACCUCCUCCUUCUCCCAAUUUCGCAAUGCAAGCCAUCGUAGCCUUUCCUUGGCAAGAGCUAACAGCACGCAGGGGAGCAUUGACACAGGCAGUGACCUGGGAGACUAUAUUGACUAUGACCCAAAUCUUUUAGAUGAUCCUCAGUGGCCAUGUGGCAAGCAUAAGCGGGUUUUAAUAUUUCCUUCAUAUAUGACUACAGUAAUUGACUAUGUGAAGCCAUCAGACCUCAAAAAGGACAUGAAUGAGACCUUCAAGGAGAAGUUCCCUCACAUCAAGUUAACCCUCAGUAAAAUAAGAAGCCUCAAGCGAGAGAUGCGCAAACUAGCUCAAGAAGAGUGUGGUUUUGAGGAGCCCACUGUGGCCAUGGCCUUUGUUUACUUUGAGAAGCUUGCUCUCAAAGGGAAACUAAACAAGCAGAACAGAAAGCUUUGUGCUGGAGCAUGUGUCCUACUAGCAGCCAAAAUUGGCAGUGACCUCAGAAAACAUGAAGUUAAACAUCUUAUAGAUAAACUGGAAGAGAAGUUCCGACUGAACAGGCGAGAGCUGAUAGCCUUCGAAUUUCCAGUGUUAGUGGCCUUGGAAUUUGCUCUACAUCUGCCUGAACAUGAAGUGAUGCCACAUUAUAGACGUUUGAUCCAGAAUUCCUAGCACAGGCUACCCUUCCAAGAAGGGGCCUUAAGACUGUUUCUGUUCAGCAUUAUCAAGCUGCAGUUACUACUGGAAAUGCAAAAAUAGGACUUAAUACCAAACUUCUUUCUCUCUCUCUCUCCAAAUACACAAUUUUUCAGGCAGCAUAUUGGGAACACUGCAUGGAGUUUCCUGAGACUCUCAGACUAAAUGAAUUCAUGUAGUGAUUAUUACUCAGAGCAAGUGCAGAAUGAGAUGCAUAUAUUGAUGAAGAAAUAACAACUGAUGCCAGAACUGGAGGGAAACAGACUCUUACCACCAGGACAAAAGGAGUAAAAUUUGUUAUCCAUGUAAGUCAUGCAAGAACAAAAAUUAAAUGACAGCCUCCAUUCCCAUCUGUCUUACAAUCACCUGUACACUUUGCAAGCAAGUCAAGUGCAUUCUUAUAGUGCUCUGCUACAGACUUACAAAAUGACUUAUUAACGUUGUGGAAAAGCUUUUAAAAAGAUAUCUUCACUGUGUCAAAAAGAGCGUGCCAAUUAUUUUUGUAACUGCUAUUGGAAGUGCACUUUUUCCUGUGGGGUGCCUGUGUGUGUGACAUUGAUUUGGUUUUGGUCCACGUGGGCUGGUUUGGCUGUUUAAGAGGAUGUCAUUUACUGAUGCUGAAGACCAAGGGGACUUUCCGUGUUUACUUCUUGAAAACAUAACUACUGGAAAAGUAGUAAAUGGGAUCAUUUUUGGACACUUGUUUUUUAUCCCUGAUUUUUCAACAUCUUUUACCUUUCUGAAGAUUACACUACUACUGCAAGAGAUGAAUCAGCAGCUGACCAUAUGUUUUAAGUCUUGUAUAUGGUAAAGAUGAAAGCAUUUAGUUCAUGAUUUACAUGUAAUAGUUUUUAAAAUGUCUUGUGUUAAGCCACAUGCAUAUUUUUAACCUUUGCACUUUUCCCACUGUGGAGAUGGUCGGACUUGCACUUUGUAGUGUUGUAUUUCUGUGCUCUAUGUUAGAGUGCAUAAGCAGCACAUUUAUUGUGCUACAUCUUAAACAGUAUUUUAUAAAAUCAAGAGUAGGGCUGAGCAGUAUAAUUGGUGUCUUAAGGCUUUGAUAGGGGAGAUGCCUCAUGUUGGUAAAUUUUAUUUUUUAAAUAUAAUUGACUGCAAAAUGUAAUCAAUGGCCAUUUAAAAAUUGUUACAUACAGUCCAGUACCUUUAUAGACAUUGCAGUACUGGAGUUUUAACAGUUUGUUUCCUGCAAUUUACAAGGUUCUAGCUGGACAACCAGAAAAGCUGGACAGAAUCACUCUAGCUCUCCAGCAUUGUACAUGCUAUGCUCACAUGCUGAAGGUUGUGUAUUAGAAUAAAGAAUUAAAUUAUUUUUAUAUAUCUAUAACCUACUCCAAUUGCUGAUCCACUUGAUCCCCAUCAUGCCUGAAACAAACUCCAAUAAAAUCAAAUACUUAACCUCUGUGGUGUAUAAAAAUUAAUCUGAAAACAAAUCUCAGUUAGGAAACUCCAACUGCAGCUUUAUCUCUCUAUGUUGGAGAGGGUUUGUUCAUGGUAUGGAAAUGACAAAGGAGUGGGGAGAAGGAGUGGGACAAACAAAGAUAUAAACACACUAAUCUUUGCUUUCAAUUUGAUGUUUUCCUCAGCUAUACCAGGAAUCACCUCAGUCAAAGGUUCUAACAGAAAUGUAAACUCAGUCUUCUUUGUAGCCCUAUCCCUUUAAUCCUAGCAUGGCAACAGCAGCAAAUGCCUGAAAGAUUCCUCUGUAGAAUGUGGAAAGGUCGUGGAAAAAGGGUUUGGAUGAAUGGGAAUUUUGUUGCUCCCUCUCUAUUUUAAAAGGGUUACUUACAAAGUGUCUCAAAACUACAGUUAAACCUCCUCUCUGUAUACGUUUAUUUUUAUAUACUGUAAUUAGAUUCCAACCUGAUUUGGAGGGAGGAGGAAGAGAGAGAAUGAAAUGAGUGCCUCCAAGAUGUGCACCAGCAUUGCUUAAAUCCCAGCAUUGCUCAUUCACUGGAAAGACAUGGCACUAGGUUCUCUCAUCAGAUGUGCUACUGUUCCUUGAUUCUGCCAGCCUGCUCCAUUCUUCGAAGGAGGCAAAGGACUGAAGAAUGCGAAAGGCCUGUGCAGCAUUUCUUUUGUAAUGAUUACAUUUCAAUACCCUGCCAGUUUAGUCAUGUAGCAGAAGACCAGUGUCACAUGCACAGGUUCACAAACCAAAACACAGCUGGCAUGUCUAAAAUUAGUCCUUCCAGCCUUGUCCACGUCUUUUUAAUUUAAAUCAUGUGUGUAAAUUCCAGCUUUUUUCAUUAAAGAGCUUUGUUAUUAAUAAUGGGACUGUCUACACAUAUAAGGAAGUCUUAACUGUGUAUAAAAACUUCAUUUGCCUUGAGUUUGGUUUUCAUAUUGCUUUAUAGUUUGGCUGGGAGAAAGGGUAUCAUAACUGCAAAAGACUGAAGGAUGACAGAUGUUUUUGAAUCAUACUCAUGUCUAUUGUCUUCACUAAUGCUCUCCAGCCCAGAUCUACAGUUUACAUAGGUUUCUGGGAUCAAAUCUGAUUGCUGGAGACUUUCUUCUUUUAUUUGGAAUAAUGUUCAGCUACAAUUGGAAUGUUGAAUAAAUAUUUAAAAGAUAAAAAUGUUGCACUGUUCACUUAGGAACAUAUAAAGCCAUAUUGAUACUAAACAUCAAAGGACCAAGCUUGACCAGUGGAAUGAUUGUUAGGAUAGUAUUUCUCCUCUCUCUCCAGGCCUGUGAAAACACAAGCUGAAGUGAUAAAUCUGCACCAAACAAAAAAUGAUGAUUGUUUGCCUUUGUCUUGUAUGUAAAUGACAGUUGAUUUACAAAAUUUUAGUUUUGAAUUAAAGUGGAUCAGGAAAUAG